AUGUUAAGCACUAAUAUGGGGGCGAUACGAACAGUAAAGUUAUCAAGUGAUUACUGUAACCAAGAGGCCAAAAGAGUAUCGGAAGAGCUAGAGAUUUUGAUGUAUGCUUUGGAUUUAGAAAACGUAGAGAAGGAACAUUGGAAUAAAGAGGUUUUUGAUAGAGCAAGUGGGAGUUUAAAAAUUUUUAUGGUCCGAAAUUUAAGUAAAGAAAAAAAUAUUGAAGAGUUGAGAAAAAUGUUGCUUUUGAGAGUUAGAGAAGAAAAAGAAAUAAGAGCUAAAGAAUAUCAAGGUCUGACAGAGAAGGUAUUGAGUACGGUUAGGGGAGUUAUGAGUAUGUAUAAAAGAGAAGGAAGAGGUGCAGUAGUGAAGUGUUUUUAUUGUGAUAAACCAGGACAUGUUACAAGGAAUUGCUUUUUAAGAAAGGCCAAAGAAGGCUAUAAUUAUAAUAAUAAAAAUGAUUUGAAGUAUUUUAAUUUUAGUGGUGAAAAUGACACUGAUUCUGCAACUAUUUACGAGAGAGGAUAUAAAAAGACCUAUAAAUGA